AUGUUUCCCUCACAUUUGAGCGUACCUCCGUCUAAUUGUACCGGCAUUAUCCCAUCGCCGACAGUGUUGAAUGCCUGCGGCCGCCUCGAGGGAAGCGAGUAUCCUCCAUUCGAGUCUUUGCUCCCUUUUCUCCCCUCUUCAGCGGGCCACUCGAAACGACCACCUCGAAAAGACCACUCGGAGGCAGCCGAUCGUGGUGACUUCGAGUCGGUCCGGCGACUGCCGGCCGCCCUUUGCGAGACGGUCUUCCGACUGAAGCCUGAGCCGUCGGGGGACGAUGAGUCGCGUCCGGAGAGGGAUCUGCCGGGCGACGGUGAACAGCGCGUCGGGCACAACGUCGGCGGCGGAAGUGGAGGCCGGAGUGUGGCCGAACUGCGUCGAGGGGAGCGCCAGGCGGGGGAAGGAGAGGAGUCCGUGGCUCCGAGUCCACUGGAGGUGGACAAGGAGGGUCGUGUUGAGUCGCGAAAACCGGUGCAAAAUGGGCCGCCCGGCUUAGGGCCUGGAUACAGACUGGGCGACGGGGACAGCGCAGCAGCGGAGGCCGAAGAGGCGUGGAGGCGGAGGAAGGAAGAGGUCAACGGACACGAAGAUGGCCAAGAGGAGGGUGAAGUCGUGGAGGAGGAAGCCGAGGAGGAAGAGGAAGACGUAGAUGAGGAGGAAGAGGAGGAGGAGGAGGAGGAAGAGGAAGAGAUUGUAGACGACGACUCCGACUCGGAGUCCAUCACUCCGGUCUACCAUCCUCAGGAGGUUGAGAUACGCACGCGUCUCUUCCGAAAGUCACAGCAGCAGCAGCAGCAGCAAGCCUCAUCUCGACCGGACAGUUGCCAACUCCGACGCGGUCUCAACGUGAGAGUCAACGCCGACGAGGUAGUCUACUUGCUCACUUUUUCUCCGGAGGCCUCAAGCAAUCCCACAACGGCAAGUGGCUGUUGGUAG